AUGGCUACUCUCUCCACUGCAGCCCGACCUCUGCUUCGACUCAGAACACUGCGAUCAUAUGUCCCCCAUCGCUUCGCGACUUCCUCUUCGCCAGGAAACACCACCAGCUCCAAGCGAGUCCCUAAAAUCUCUCCUCAAAGCUCAAUAUCAAAAGCGAGCAUUCCCACCCCGAAAGGGCCCUCGACGCCUCUGACCAAGGGUCAACAACCUAGCAUACCAUUACUAGGAGGACCGGCGUUGCAGUUUAUCAGAGAGCUGCCUCCAGAACUAGCGAGAAAACAAUGGUACGCGCAAAAGCUAUACGAGUCAGGGCAAACAGCCAUAUACAGGCCCCCUUCUCAUUUUGGUAUCUACGCCGCCUCAUUUAUCAUGGGAAGCAGUGCUAUUGGGAUUGCUGGUCUUCUUGCCUACAGCAACAUCUGGGCUUGGGAAGGUGACUCUGAUUUGCCGUGGUUUGUACCAGUUGCGCAUCGAUUAGGCAUUUUUGUCUUCUCGGCCGUGGGCUGGCUCAUUAUGAUGCGAUCAAUAAGAUUCAUCAAAGCCAUCGAUCUGGUACCGGUGAAUGGGGUCGUGAAGUUGGCGGUGCAGGUACGCCGACCGCUGCCUUUUCUGAAGCCAAAGGAAUUUCUCAUCGAGCCUUAUCGCUUUCAAAUGACCCAAAAGUUUGUGCAACAAUUGGAGGAACCUGCUUUUAUGCGGGAUCCUGUAGGAGCAUCGUCUUCAACAAACAAAACUUCGACAGGAUUCGCAUCAAGUAUUGGGCGAGCUGUCAGUAAAGCAAUCUAUUACCCUUUUGCAUCAACAAGAAGGUUGAUGACGCUUGAAGGUAUUAUGUUUGUCAACUUUGAGGGCAGCCGUGGCAAGAUGAAGCUGGAUACACAUGGUCUUUUUUCCAAUGGAGCAAAGGAUCUUAUCGAAAUGGGCACCAUAAAUCCCUGA